UCGGCUGAGAUUGCUUGCGGUCUCUCCCACAGUAUCUUGUUGCCAUCUUGGUGACUGCUUGCAGCAUCAUUAUGAAGGCUGUUAGGGCUCUAACAAGCAGGCAUCCCUCAUCCCUGUAUACUGCUUCCUGUGGUAACGUGAACAGAGUAGACCUGUAGGUCACCGACCCGCACUGUCCCCGAUCCGGUACCCGAUGUCCCCAAUCUGGAACGAGGUAACAGCACCGGUUCACGUACCAUACCAAGGGUACCGUCCCGGUACUGCACCGGUUCACGUACCAUACCAAGGGUACCGUCCCGGUACUGUUCCGGUUCAAAACUCGGUACCGAACUGCACCGACGGUACCAUACUGAUGGCACCGUACCAACCUGGCACUAAGGCACCAAACCGGUACUGAACCGACCCAGCACCAUCCAGGUACCGUACUGAUUCUGUGCAAAGUCACCGAACUGGUUCCCAACCGCGAUACCAUCCCUGGUCCAGUACCAGAGGACUCGGUUUGGGUCUUGACCCGCCCCGUUACAUUACUGUACAGUGGCAUUGCUGAUUGAGCAGACUGAGACAGCAGUCAUACAGUACUGUACACUGCGUUGCUGCUUGCAUCAUGCCUGGGUUUUAUCCCUGCGAUUUAUUCAAGGCCAGUCUGCCAGUUGAGGAUAAGCACGGCAGGCGUUCUUCCUGUCUGGGGCCAGAGCACGCCAAAGAGGCACUCACUGACCGCAGUUUCUGCAAGUUUUGUGCCCGUUGCACUACAAUUUUUGCAGGACCUGUUUGACGAGGGGAAAUCCCUCUCUACGUUAAAGGUCUAUCUGAUGGCUUUGGUACGCUCACCCAUUCAGUAAUGGUUACAUUUCGUACUUGAUAGGGAACGUUAGGUUAUUAUCAUAACCCUUGUUCCCUGAAAUAGAAAUGCAACCAUUAAUCUUCAAGGUCGCUGCGUCCAUGAUUGCAGCAGGCUUGAAGGAAAAAUGAUGUUGUGAUCUGUGCGGGCAGUCCUUAUAUGCCCUCGGGGGCGGGCAUGACUGCAUCACAGGCACUGCCUGCAGCUUUGAUACAUCUAUUCAGGUUUAGGGUCUUUAGGAGGUAAACACCCAUACGGUAAUGGCUACAUUUCUAUUUCAGGGAUCCUGGGUUUUUCACCAGCAGCAGCACUGAGCUGGAUCUGAGGCCGGCUCCUGGGUUUUUCACCAGCAGCAGCACUGAGCUGGAUCUGAGGCCGGCUCCUGGGUUUUUCACCAGCAGCAGCACUGAGAGGCUGGAUCUGAGGCCGACUCUCCAGCAUUUUCCACCAGCAGCAAUACUAAAGUCCGCCCUGCAGUGAUGCUGAUACAGAGGAAAGCGCGGGAAUCUGCAGGAACAGACUUCAUUUGCCACGUGACAGGGUUUUACCCCCGAGAGGUUGAGGUGAACUGGAUCAGAGAUGGUGAGGCUCUGCUGGAGGAGGGGGUGUGGAGUGGAGAGGUGCUACCCAACGAGGAUACAACCCACCAGCUGAGAAAGACCCUGACAGUGAGUCCUGAGGACCAGAAGAAACACAGCUACUCCUGCCAGGUGGACCACGCCAGUCUGGAUGAGAAGAUGGAUGUGAAAUGGGUUCCAGAGGCUGCUCUCAACAUGGGGUUUGUUGCUGGUGGUGUGCUGGCUGCUCUGGGUCUGAUCAUCGCAGUGAUCAUAGGAGUUCACAUCUGGAAGAAAAGAGCAUCAGGUGCCAGGAGCCCUGACACACCAGCACAGACAAAGGAACAAAGUGAUGCUUCAUCCAACUCAUCCAACUCCACCAACAAUGACAGGUGUGACCCCAUUGCAGAGAAGCUGAUGACACAGACAGAAUAAAUGACUCAGCUGAGGCUUCAUCUUUUACACUUUAUUUACCCCGAUAUUGUCACACAGAGCGAUCGGACAAACUGAUAGACAAGGACGCUGUGUUACAGUCAUCUGUGUUAAGAAUUAAGAAUUUGUAGUCAUUUGUAUGCAGUAACCUAGGUUCUAAAUAACCAUUAUUAAUGUAACAUUGCUUUAUGGGACAUGCAAGAAAACAAGAAGAAAUUGAUUUUACUUCGAGGAUUACUACUUGUUUGUUGGAAACCAUCUGCUUGUGAAGGAAAAAGAGGAUCUGCAGUACAGUCGGGACAUGAGAGGCGAGAAGACCGAUGGUGUGAUGUCUGGUGAGCAGGGGCACUGAUGUAACGAAGUCUCAGAAGAAAAAUACCGGAAAUUACGAGAAGGUUCUGGUCUCUUUUAAAAAGGUAUGAAACCCCUUUUUCAUGUGAGGUACGCCUUUUGCCAUCUUCUGCCUUUUCUGUCACCCUCUGUGUGGAAGCUGCGAUGCUACAGACUCCUGUUUGUUACUGAUAAGGACUCUGCUGCUUGUUUUAUGUUCAGGCACUGGAUCCCAUAGAGGUUACCAGCCUGUUUAUGUAACUGGAUACAGAUACAAAGGUGGGGAAUGAUCCUACCUGUUAACUCCUAUACUUGCUCUUUCCUUUCCUAUUUGUUAGCUAUAUUUUUAGCAAUUGUUGCUACAUGUCCGAAGUGUUCCAUCGGUCUUAGGUCCUUUGUUAUUUUCACAUAUAUGCUGCCGUUAGGUGAUAUUAUCCGCACACACGGAGUGAACUUCCAUUGCUAUGCGGAUGAUACCCAGCUAUAUCUAUCCCUAAAGCCAGAAAAUACUUCUGCUGGGGAGUUACUUGCUGCUUGUCUUGCAGACAUCAAGUACUGGGUGUCACAGAAUUAUUUAAUGCUAAAUUCAGAUAAAACAGAGGUUAUGCUAGUGGGCUCUCAGAACCAACUAAAAAAUGUGGGAUUACAUGAAUUCGACCCUAGUAAUUUAAUUAAAUAUUAAAGUAGAAAUUAAAAAUGUGGGAGUCAUCUUUGAUCCUGAUCUCUCAUUUGAGACUCAUAUAAGGGAAGUUACAAAAGUAUAUUUUUACCAUUUGAGAAAUAUAGCCAAACUUAGACCAAUACAUCUGUGCCGAGAGACUAAUGCAUGCCUUUGUUUCAUCUAGAAUUGAUUACUGUAAUGCACUUCUCUCUGGUAUCCCAAAAGGUGUGCUGUCUCGCUUACAGCGCGUUCAGAAUACCUCAGUUAGAAUUCUGACUAAAACCAAGAAAAGUGAACAUAUUACCUGUUUUAGCCUCCUUACAUUGGCUACCUGUGCAGCAUAGAAUUGAGUUUAAGAUUUUGCUGUUAACCUAUAAAGCCCUAAAUGUAUUAGCACCUAGUUAUUUGACGGGGUCAGUUACUCCUGCAAAUAACUAGAUGCUAAUACAUCAUCCAAAUCACACAAUGCAGGGCUACUGGUUAUUCCUAGUGUUAACAGAAUGAACAUGGGAGGAAGGGCUUUUUCAUGCAGAGCUGCUAAAUGAUGAAAUGCCCUCCCUACUUUCACAGGGAAGCUGAGACUGUUACAGUUUUACAUACUUUUAUGAAAUUGCUUUGUUAUCUUAGUGGGUUUUAAUGUGAGUUUUUAACAUUAUUUUUUUAUAUACUGUUUUUUAAAUAUGCUAUUUAAUGUGUAGCAGUUGUGUGUGUGACAUGCCGGGGGACCUUUAUACAAAGGCAUUGUGUUGUGUAAAUGGAAAUGCUUUUUGCAAUGUGCUGUGCAAUGCUUUGUGAUACUUUUGUAUGAAAAGUCGCUAUAUAAAUGCAAUAAAUAAAACAUGUAAAAACAUUUUUAA